AUGGCUGAAGCAACAUUGAAUUAUCAAAAUAUCCGAACGAUGCAUGCCGCUCGUGAAGCAGAUGAUUUGCGAAUCGAAAAUCGAAAAAGAAAUUUAAUUAUUCUCGUCUUACAAUGGCUUGCUGAAGAAGGUUACAUCGAAUCUGCACGGGAGCUCGAACAAGAAACGCAUCUUGAUGUUAGUAAAUACGAUGUUUGCGACAAUAUUGGUCUUGAUACAAUUCUUCAGGAAUAUGAGUCAUAUUUUUAUGUUAAAUUUAAUCGGUACCCAAAAUUGACGAAAAAAAUCGCACCGGCAGCCGCAUUUACAAGUAAACUGUCAGCUAAACUAGCCAAUGCUCAGUCAACGACUCGUCGUAGUAAUGUUCCAUCAUUGCCACGAGUGCUUAGCAACGGAAAUGAAGGCACAGCAGCUGGCAAUGGUUCAUCUCAACGUUCUCCAACAGUGGGAGAUGUAAUACGGAAAUUAUCGAACACUCGAAAACUCAAUCGAACGAACUCAGAGAAACUUCCAUCAUCAACUUCCAUGUCAUCCUCAGGUUCUCAAUCACAAUCAGGAAUUCCUAGUAUUCAACAUUCAGUUAGUUCUGUGGAAGAAAUGGCACUUUCAUUCAUGAAAGUGUCAUCAGUCAAAACAACUUCUUCAUCGAACGAUCAACAACAGUGUGCAAACAAGAGAAAAUAUCCUACAGCGAUAAUCGAUUGUCGUUCGAUGCUCAAUGACAAUUUGCGUGGACCGAUCGAAAAUCCUCCAGAUCCAUCUGACCGUUUGCUGAAACCGCUCGGUGGUUAUGCUGGUUACAAUGCCGAAUGGCGUGAAUUAGCCGAAGUUGUCAGUCGGAUAUUUUAUGUUGAAGGUUCUCAUCAUCAUUCUUCAUAUCAAGUCUGA